AUGGCGCAUAGGUUCCUCUUAUCUACGAACGGAUCCAGCGCCAGAUUCGCCUUCAUAUUCACGGUGUCACUGUCCUGCACCUAUUUGUGCUACAGUAUUAUUUUUUGCCGCAGCACAAUCAUGACAACCCAGGGUUACGAGGGGAGAAGAUGCUCGCCGAGCAAGAACGCGGCAGGGAAGAAACUUCUGGGGAAAUUAAACGAUUGCGCUUCGCUGGAAGUCAGCUCGGCUCUGGAUGAGUCCGCUGCCCGCCGAGGGUCAAGUGAUGUCCGCGAGCAAAGUAAAGCCCCUUCCUCGUCUGGAAGCCACUGGGCUGACGUGAAGUUGAGAAACAUGAGUGUUGUGCAAAAAUAUGGAAAUAAGAAGCUGCCCAACGCGUUGAUAGUCGGCGUGAAGAAAGGAGGCACCAGGGCGGUGCUGGAGUUCAUCCGGAUACAUCCAGAUGUGCGCGCUCUUGGAACAGAGCCGCACUUUUUCGACAGGAACUAUGACAGAGGGCUUGACUGGUACAGGGGACUAAUGCCUCGAACGCUCGACAGCCAGAUCACACUGGAGAAGACGCCCAGCUACUUCGUCACCAGAGAGGCCCCCAGACGCAUCUCCAGCAUGUCCCACGUGACCAAGCUGAUCGUGGUGGUGCGUAACCCGGUCACGCGAGCCAUCUCCGACUACACGCAGACGCUUUCCAAGAAGCCCGACAUCCCCACGUUUGAAGAGCUGGCCUUCAAGAACAGCAGCCUGGGCGUCGUCGACUCGUCCUGGAACGCCAUCCGCAUCGGGAUGUACAUCCUGCACCUGGAGAACUGGCUGCAGUACUUCCGCCUGUCGCAGAUGCACUUUGUGAGCGGCGAGCGGCUGAUCACGGACCCGGCCGGGGAAAUGGGCCGCGUUCAGGACUUCUUGGGACUGAAGCGAAUAAUCACGGACAAGCACUUCUACUUCAAUCGAACCAAAGGCUUCCCCUGUCUGAAGAAGCCGGAGAGCAGCGGCCAGCCGCGCUGCCUCGGCAAAUCCAAGGGCAGGACUCACGUGCAGAUCGAACGGGAGGUCAUCGAGCAGCUGCAGGAGUUUUACAGGCCGUUUAAUAUCAAAUUCUUUGAAACCGUGGGGCAAGACUUCAAGUGGGAUUGA